CGAAAUUCCAAUGAUGAUGAUGAGUCUCCCGCACCAAAGCUGGUGUAUGUGACCCCUGACUCACAAUGUGUUCAAUUCCUGGCCUUCCAACACCAGGCUCAGAAGUACCUGUUCUCAUCACGAGGGUAAACCUAAACUACACUUACGGUCUUGUGGAAUUAUGGGUUAACGUGGAUGAUGGCAGGAAGCAUGUCUAUGAGCAAAUGAGAGAGAAAAUUCAGACUCCUGAAAGAAAGUUUUAUGGAUCAGAAGGAAAACCAGGGGAUCUCUGUCUAGUUUGCAUCAGCGACACCUGGCACAGAGCUCGGAUUGUAUCGAUUCAAAGUGAAGCAUGCCAUGUUUUUCUGAUUGACCAGGGACAGCCUCAUAUCACCACAAGUGAAGCUUUAGCAUGGGGCCAGAGUGACAUUUUUCUUCUACCUCCUGAAACUGAAUCAUGUAUACUCGCAAAUAUCCUUUGCCAUGAGAAGAACUGGCCUGAAAAAGCCACAAAGUUUUUGGUAUCUCUGCCUGGCAAGAAGGUUAAGGGACUGGUUCAACAUGUGCUGAUGCCGGACAGGACCAUUCUCCUCGACAUACCAGUUUUUUCCAAGCACGUUAGUAAGCUUGGAGUUGCAAAGAAGAUGCCAGUGGAUGAGUUUAAAUGCCUCGUACAGAAAUGUCUUGAGGCUGACCGCAUAAUGCAGGAACAGAAUCUGAAUGUUAGUUGCCAACUUGAGAAGCAUGACCAUUACUUUUACCCAGAGCUGUUAACUGAUACUUUUGAAACUGUUUACGUGACAGAGGUAACUAAUCCACAUGACAUUUUUUGCAAAGUCCUUAUUUUUUCCAAGGCAGUGAAGAUAUUAUCAGAACAGAUCCAGAAGUACUAUGAAGAGAACUCAGAUGUAGGAGAGACACGACCUCUGACCUGCGGGGAUCCAUGUGCUGCUAGAGGAAUAAACGGCAGAUGGCAUCGCUCAUUACUAAAGCAAACCAUGACUAGUGAUGGCGCUGUUGAAGUUUUGCAUGUGGAUGAAGGAAAAACUGAGCUAAUCCCAAUUGGAGACAUCAGACCUCUGCAUGUGAAAUUCCUGAGAAUGCCAGUUGUCACGUAUUCCUGUUCUCUUGAAGGUGUAAAAGAUAAUGGCACAGGGUGGACUACAGACCAGACUGAUUACUUGAAAUCAGCGCUCCUGAACCAGACAGUGGUGGUGAAGUUUACCCGCCACAGCAUACCUGAAGAUGUCUAUCAUGUCAUUCUCUAUGCAGAAAAUUAUGUAUGCAUAAACAAUUGUUUUAUAGAGAUGGAAGAGCCUUUCUUACCACCCAAGACUGUACGAGAUACAAAUGUCCAGAAUGAAUCCAUCACCACCUUGCUUCUCAGAGACGAACGUUGGGUGGAUUUACAGAACAAAGUCAGCGUAAAUGUUGAUGCUUUACCAGAGGAAACUUUGCCACACACCAAGAACCUAGCAGUCAAUGGCAAGACAGACAAUGCACUGACUUCUGGAGCUGAUGAUACUGAAAUCAAAGUGAGCUCAGAAUGUCCAGACCCUCUAGUACAGAUCAAUGGGAAGCUUUCAAAUGCUUCCCCCUCUGAUGUGCUAAAUGCUUGUGAUGCAGUGAAAUGCAUCGUAAAAGCUGCAACACCUGAUGAAGGAGGUCUGCUUAACAUGGUAGAUUGUGAAACAUCAUCAAACAGUGAAUGCAAGCUUUUGACUCAGAAAUGUGCACAGGCCGAAGCUCUCGUUCAAAGUCCUCCACAAGUCCCAUUGGAUGCAUACAUUUACUCCACACACAACAUUGAGGUGAAUGGAAAAGAAAAAGUGUGGGUUACCUCUUGCGAGAAUGUCCAUCAAUUCUACUGCCAACUGGAGAGGAAUUGUCAGUAUUUUGAUAAAGUGAUGGGAAAUGUUAAUCAACUAAUUGGCCAGCCACGGAACACAGAUCACCCACUUGGACUUAAUAGCAUUUGCCUUGCUAAGUACACUGAUAAAAAGUGGUACAGAGCUCAAGUAGAAGAAAUGUCUCCAAAACUUAAAGUGCACUUUGUGGACUAUGGUCAUUCCUUUGAAGUGAAUGAAUCUGAUAUUUGUCCCUUUCCCCCAGAAGCAAGCAUGGUCAAGUCUGUUCCUGUACAGGCUGUUCCACUUGGACUGUCCAAUGUCCCUGCAGACGUGCCUCAGGAAGUCAACCAGUGGUUUGCUGAAUGUGCUGUUGGCCAAAGUUUCACCAUUUCAGUUGUAGCAAAAGAGGAAAAUGGGAAGCUACUGGUUGAACUGUUUGAAGGACCUCAGAAUGUAAAUGUGAACGUCAGAGGGGUUGUAGCAAAUAUGAUGCAACAACAGAUGACCAGUGUCGUUCAGCAGCUCUCCAACAGCCCUGAACAUGCCAGUGUGCUAAAUGGGGAUUGUCCAAAGCAAGAGCUCAAGAAUGUUUCAGUGUUAAUGAAGAUGACAGAACAAAAUAAAGUCCACAGCAUCAAUGGACUGAAUGGACUGUGUGCAAGAGAUGAGCUGAAUUCACAAUCCAUAACUAAUGCCUCUGCACCACAGACUGAACAUGAAAAGACUUUGCAUGAAGGAAGAAAACCGGCUUUGGAUGUCAUUGUUGAGAACAAAGAAAUAGAAGGUGAUUCAGAAAUGACACAACUUUCCCUUCCUUCUUGCCCCAAGGGAAAUAUAAACAUGUACAAGUGGCCAAACAUUCCUCAAAAUGCAACAGAGGUAUACGCCUCUUGUAUUGUGGAACCCCAUUUCUUCUGGUGUCAGUAUGCCGACACAGAGGAGCUCAGCGAAAUAUCAAGGCUUGCACAGGAGGCAGGACAGGCACCAGAGGAUAUGAGGUUUCCAGAGACUCUUGGUCCUGGCAGUCCAUGUCUUGCUCUGUUUUCCAGUGACAACCAGUGGUAUCGAGCUCUAGUAGAGAGCAGAGUUGACGAUGUAGUCCAUGUCGUGUUUAUUGAUUAUGGAAAUGAAUCUGAUGUUGACAUCAAGAAUGUGAGAUCACUGCCUCAGAGUCUGCUGGAGAAGGCUCCUCGGGCCUUUUUGUGCUCUCUGGAUGGAUUUGAUGAGUCUAAGGGCUCCUGGGAUGACCAAGUAUAUGAGGGGUUCUACAAUCUCUUGGUUGAUAAACCACUCAGAGUGAAAGUGUUUAAUAUGGAAGACCAUUCACAGAUUGCGGUUCCACAAUAUGCAGUGAAAAUUGAGUGUGAUAAUGUGGUUUUGAAUAGUGUAAUGCAGAAAUACUGGAAACCACUUCACGCAGAACAUGCCAAGAUUGAAAGAACCCAAAUAGAAACUUCCCUCCAAGAUAUUAAAACUGAGUCCAACAUGACAGAUCUUAAGGUUUCCAAGGAAAAUGUGAAUACUUGUUUGUACAAGAAGCCAAACAUCUCCAAGAACAAAAAAGAGGAGGUGUACGCCUCUUGUAUUGUGGAGCCCCAUUUCUUCUGGUGUCAGUACGCCAACACAGAGGAGCUCAGCGAAAUAUCAAAGCUUGUUCAGGAAGCAGGACAAGCGCAGCAGGACGUGAUGUUCCCAGAGACUCUUGGUCCUGGCAAUCCAUGCCUUGCUCUGUUUUCUAGUGACAACCAGUGGUACCGAGCUCAAGUAAUUCGCAGAGUUGAAGAUGCAUUCGAUGUCACAUUUAUUGACUAUGGAAAUGAGUCAGACGUUGAUGUCAAGAAUGUGAGAUCACUGCCUCAGAGUCUGUUGGAGAGGGCUCCCCAGGCCUUUUUGUGCUCUUUGAAUGGAUUUGAUAAGUCCAGGGGUUCCUGGGGUGAUGAAGUGUAUGAUGACUUCUACAAUCUUCUGGUUAAUAAACCUCUAAAACUGACAGUGUUUGAUAUGGAUGACCAUUCAGAGGCUGCAGUCCCUCAGUAUGCAGUGGAAAUUGAGUGUGAUGGAGUGGUUGUAAAUGCAGCAAUGCAGAAAUACUGGAAGCCAGUUGCCAAAAGACGCGUUUCAUUUGAACACCCUCCAACAGAAACUUUUAUCCGAAAUGGUCAAACUGAGUCCAGCAUGACACAACUCAGUGUUGCCAAAGAAAAUGUGAAAUCUUACAUGUACAAGUGGCCAAAGCUUUCUCAGAACAAGACAGAAGUAUAUGCCUCUUGUAUUGUGGAACCCCAUUUCUUCUGGUGUCAGUACGCUGACACAGAGGAGCUCAGCAAAAUAUCAAAGCUUGUUCAGAAAGCAGGACAAGCGCAGCAGGACGUGAUGUUCCCAGAGACUCUUGGUCCUGGCAGUCCAUGCCUUGCUCUGUUUUCUAGUGACAACCAGUGGUACCGAGCUCAAGUAAUUCGCAGAGUUGAAGAUGCAUUCGAUGUCACAUUUAUUGACUAUGGAAAUGAGUCUGAUGUUGAUGUCAAGAAUGUGAGAUCACUGCCUCAGAGUCUGCUGGAGAGGGCUCCCCAGGCCUUUUUGUGCUCUUUGAGUGGAUUUGAUCAAUCCAGGGGCUCCUGGGAUGACGAAGUGUAUGAUGACUUCUACAAUCUCCUGAUUAAUAAACCACUCAAACUGACAGUGUUCAACAUGGAUGACCAUUCAGAGGCUGCAGUGCCUCAGUAUGCAGUGGAAGUUGAAUGCGACGGAGUGGUUGUGAAUACACUGAUGAAGAAAUACUGGAAAGGACUAGAUGCAAACCAUGCCUUGGCUGGAUGUUUGGUCAGUGGACCCACAUGAUGGAGAGUGUUGGAGUUUAAAGUAAUCAAAAAGUCCUUGAAUGAUGCUCUGGCCCUAGAUGGACACCAAUGGGGAAACCCAGCUGUGACAGACCAGUCUUUUGGAAACUGAAUAUACAUGUUUGUCUUGUUAGAAAUUUUACUCAAUGUAAUUUUACUAACUAAAUGAAAUGAAGGUUAUUUGUGUCAAUAAACAUACAGUGC